CGCUGCCGCUGGGUGGGAGGGGGAGGAGAAGAAGGAGGCGGCGGCGGCGGCAGGAGCGGCAGCGGCCCAGAGGAGUCCGGUGGAAGACUGGACAACGGGUCGGUGUGCACUGCAGCGCGGAGCCCCGGGCGGCCGCCCUCCCCCGCCGACGGGCCUGGGAUGGACUGUUGAAUUAGGAAGCAUCACAGACCUGGUCAUACAACCCGGCUGGCCCACACUCUGCUUUAUUUAUCUGUUACUAGUUAUUUAAAUUGAACUUUUAAUAACCUGCCAGCUGCUCUUCAGACACACAUGGUGCAUUGUUGUCAUUCCCAGAAUCAAGUCUUUGAAAUCCAGGCCCGUGGUAACCUUCAUCGAACAAAGAGGCGACCUAGAGAAUACAUCUGCAACAGGACUUGUCAAACCUGCUGCCCUCUAUCUUUCCCAUUAAGUGUGCUGUCUUUUCCUAGCACAUCAUGGAGCCCACAAUGGAGUAUUGCUUGACACAGGUUCUGCAGAAGGAUGUUGGGAAGAGACUUCAGGUUGGCCAGGAACUGAUAGAUUAUUUCUUGGAUAGACAAAAAUCUGCUGAUCUUGAACACGAUCAGACCAUGCUGGAUAAAAUGGUUGAUGGUCUUGCUACCUCAUGGGUCAAUUCCAGCAAUUAUAAGGUUGUCCUGCUGGGCUUGGACAUCUUAUCUGCGCUGGUGUCACGGCUCCAAGAUAGAUUUAAAGCCCAAACUGGCACAGUGCUACCGAGUUUAAUUGAUAGACUGGGAGAUUCAAAAGACUCUGUGCGAGAGCAGGAUCAAGCGCUGCUGCUAAAAAUCAUGGAGCAAACUGCUAACCCUCAGUAUGUAUGGGACAGGAUUUUGGGAGGAUUCAAACACAAGAAUUUCCGGACGAGAGAAGGGAUUUGCCUCUGCCUUAUUGCAACGCUCAAUGCAUCUGGAGCUCAGAGUUUAACUCUGAGCAAGAUUGUGCCACAUAUAUGUAACUUACUUGGAGAUCCAAACAGCCAGGUUCGUGAUGCAGCAAUAAAUAGCCUAGUAGAAAUCUACAGACAUGUAGGUGAACGUGUAAGGGCCGAUCUAAGUAAAAAAGGAUUGCCACAGUCUCGGUUGAACAUAAUUUUUACAAAAUUUGAUGAGGUCCAGAAAUCAGGAAACAUGAUCCAGGGAUCAGGUGAUAAAAACUUUGACGAUGAUGACUCUGUGGAUGGGAACAGACCUUCCUCAGCUAGCUCCUCAACAUCUUCAAAGGCUCCUUCGACGUCUCGAAAAGGUGGGAUGGGAACUGCUCGCAGAGUUGGAACGGCAGCUGUAGUCUCAAAGACCCCAGUGACUAAAGAAGGAGCUGGUGCUGUGGAUGAGGAGGACUUCAUUAAAGCUUUUGAUGAUGUUCCAACAGUUCAGAUCUAUUCUAGCCGAGACCUUGAAGAAUCCAUAAACAAAAUCAGAGAAAUCCUAUCUGAUGAUAAACACGAUUGGGAACAGAGAGUAACUGCACUAAAAAAGAUCAGGUCUUUAUUGUUGGCUGGAGCUGCUGAGUAUGAUACCUUCUUCCAACACCUGCGCCUGCUCGACGGAGCAUUUAAAUUAUCUGCUAAGGACUUGCGGUCCCAGGUGGUACGAGAGGCUUGUAUCACAUUGGGGCAUUUGUCAUCCGUCUUGGGUAACAAGUUUGACCAUGGGGCAGAAGCCAUCAUGCCAACAAUCUUUAAUCUCAUUCCCAACAGUGCCAAAGUCAUGGCCACCUCUGGUGUAGUAGCUGUUAGAUUAAUUAUCCGACAUACGCACAUCCCUCGACUAAUCCCCAUCAUCACCAGUAACUGUACCUCCAAGUCUGUUGCAGUUAGAAGGCGCUGUUUUGAAUUUUUAUAUUUACUCUUACAGGAAUGGCAAACACACUCUUUAGAAAGGCACGUAUCAGUAUUGGGUGAAACAAUAAAGAAGGGAAUCCAUGAUGCUGACUCUGAAGCACGGAUAAAAGCCAGAAAGUGUUACUGGGGCUUCCACAACCAUUUUAAUCGAGAAGCGGAACAUUUGUUUCAUUUGUUGGAAUCUUCUUACCAGAAAGCUCUACAGUCUGACUUGAAGAACUCUGAUAGCAUAGUGUCUUUGCCCCAGUCAGAUCGAUCCUCUUCUAGCUCCCAGGAAAGUCUCAAUCGUCCUCUGUCUGCCAAAAGAAGUCCAACUGGAAGCACUACAUCACGAGCCUCUACAGUGAGUGCAAAAUCUGUGUCAACGUCAGGGUCUCUGCAGCGUUCUCGCAGUGACAUUGACGUGAAUGCAGCAGCCAGUGCCAAAUCAAAAGUAACGUCUUCUGGAUCAGAUGCUCCAUUCAGCUCUGCUGCAGCUCUGCCCCCAGGCUCAUAUGCAUCUCUUGAUGGUACUACCAGUAAGCCUGAGGGUCGGAUCCGCACGAGAAGGCAAAGCUCUGGAAGUUCUGCUAGUAUCACAUCAGCACCUACUGACACUCGAGGUCGCAGCCGGGCUAAAGUUGUUUCACAGUCCCAGCGAUCCAGAUCAGCUAACCCUGCUGGUGCUGGCAGUCGAUCCAGUUCCCCUGGGAAGCUGCUGGGGAGUGCAUAUGGUGGAUUGGGCAGCGGAACGGCCAGAGGAACCCCUGUGCCAUCAUCUGCUGACAAACGCAGCAAGGUCCCUCGAAGCCAGGGCUGCAGCCGAGAGACGAGCCCAAACAGGAUAGGUCUAGCACGGAGCAGCCGUAUCCCCCGACCCAGCGUGAGUCAGGGGUGCAGCCGCGAUACCAGCCGUGAGAGCAGCCGAGAUACAAGCCCUGCUCGGGGCUUCCCUCCACUUGCCUCUCGACGUCAUUCCAGGUCCACUAGUGCUCUCUCCACUGCUGAGUCUGUUGGGCAGUCAGACCGGUUUGGCCUUGGACAGCCAGGCAGGUUGCCUGCCUCCAUGAAUGCAAUGCGAGUCCUCAGCACAAGCACGGAUCUGGAGGCUGCUGUGGCGGAUGCACUGCUCUUAGGAGACUCCAGGAGCAAGAAAAAGCCAGUGAGGCGAAGAUAUGAGCCAUAUGGGAUGUAUUCUGAUGAUGACGCAAAUAGUGAUGCAUCAAGUGCAUGUUCAGAGCGCUCCUAUGGCUCCAGAAAUGGAGGCAUUCCACACUACCUGCGGCAGACAGAGGAUGUGGCUGAGGUUUUGAACCACUGUGCUAGUUCUAACUGGUCUGAAAGGAAAGAGGGGCUAAUAGGCCUGCAGAACCUACUGAAGAGCCAGAGGACACUGAGCCGAGUUGAGUUGAAAAGGCUAUGCGAGAUCUUCACACGCAUGUUUGCUGACCCCCAUAGCAAGGUUUUCAGCAUGUUUCUCGAAACACUGGUAGACUUCAUAAUUAUUCACAAGGAUGAUCUGCAGGAUUGGCUCUUUGUCCUCCUGACACAGUUACUCAAGAAGAUGGGAGCUGACUUGCUGGGAUCAGUGCAGGCAAAAGUGCAGAAAGCUCUGGAUGUAACAAGGGAUUCUUUUCCAUUUGAUCAGCAGUUUAAUAUUUUGAUGAGAUUUAUUGUAGAUCAAACCCAAACACCAAACCUUAAGGUAAAAGUGGCAAUCCUGAAGUACAUUGAGUCCUUGGCCAGACAGAUGGACCCAACAGAUUUUGUAAACUCCAGCGAGGCAAAACUUGCUGUUUCUAGGAUUAUCACGUGGACAACCGAACCAAAGAGCUCAGAUGUGAGAAAAACUAUGCAUAGUUGGGUAGGUGAGGAUAUGCCAGCUAGACCAACAGCAACAUCAUCUGGUCCUGGUGAAGGAAACUUGGAAGAGAAAUGUAAACAGGCAGCACAGAUAGUCCUGAUUUCUCUGUUUGAACUGAACACUCCUGAGUUUACCAUGUUACUUGGUGCCUUGCCAAAAACAUUCCAGGACGGUGCUACCAGACUACUACACAACCACCUCAAGAACUCCAGUAACACGAGUGUGGGUUCUCCUAGCAAUACAGUUGGUCGAACUCCUUCACGGCAUCCUAGCAGCAGAACGAGCCCCUUAACUUCACCUACCAACUGUUCUCAUGGAGGACUGUCUCCAAGUCGUUUCUGGGGUUGGAGUGCAGAUGGGCUGUCGAAGCACCCCCCUCCCCUUUUUCAGCCUAACUCCAUCCCCGCUGCUCCUUCUCACAAGACUUUCAGGCGCUCUUACUCUCCCAGCAUGCUGGAUUACGACACGGAGAACCUAAAUUCUGAUGAAAUUUACAGCUCUCUUCGUGGAGUCACAGAGGCAAUUGAAAAGUUUAGUUUUCGUAGUCAAGAGGAUCUAAAUGAACCAGUCAAACGUGAUGGAAAGAAAGACAGUGACAUUGUUUCUCGGGAUGGUGGGAUAGCCUCACCAGCCACUGAUGUGCGUGGAAGCAGUGAUGUUGUGGAAGGGGGAAGGAUGGCUCUAGACAACAAAACUUCCCUGCUCAAUACCCAGCCCCCACGUGCCUUUUCAGGACCCCGAACCCGAGAAUAUAAUCCCUACCCAUACUCUGAUACUAUCAGCGCUUAUGACAAGAGUGCUCUUAAGGAGGCGGUGUUUGAUGAUGAUAUUGAUCAGCUUCGGGAUGUGCCCAUUGAUCAUUCUGAUUUGGUGGCUGAUCUUUUAAAAGAGUUAUCCAAUCACAACGAGAGAGUGGAAGAACGGAAAGGAGCCCUCCUUGAGCUAUUGAAGAUCACAAGGGAAGAUAACCUGGGAGUUUGGGAGGAACAUUUCAAGACCAUUUUGCUUUUAUUGCUUGAAACACUUGGAGACAAAGAUCAUUCAAUAAGAGCCUUGGCGCUGAGAGUGUUGCGAGAAAUCUUGAGGAACCAGCCCGCAAGAUUUAAGAACUAUGCUGAACUGACUAUCAUGAAGACUCUGGAAGCACAUAAAGAUUCCCACAAAGAGGUGGUUAGAGCUGCUGAGGAAGCUGCUUCUACUCUUGCCAGCUCCAUUCACCCUGAACAGUGCAUCAAAGUGCUUUGCCCCAUCAUUCAAACAGCGGACUACCCAAUUAAUCUGGCUGCUAUUAAAAUGCAAACUAAAGUCAUUGAGAGGAUCUCAAAGGAAUCUUUACAUCAGCUCCUUCAAGACAUCAUUCCUGGGUUAUUGCAGGGCUAUGACAAUACAGAAAGCAGCGUCCGCAAAGCCAGUGUAUUUUGCCUUGUGGCAAUUUAUUCAGUUAUUGGAGAAGAACUGAAGCCUCACCUUGCACAGCUCACUGGGAGCAAGAUGAAGCUCCUCAAUUUGUACAUAAAGAGGGCCCAGACUACUAACAGCAACAGCAGCUCAUCUUCAGAUGUUUCCACGCACAGUUAAUGGAGAUCUUUGGACAUACCUGUAGACAUAGAAGCAAUCAGCUGUGCCUCUCAGAGACCCUCCCCUCAUCAGCAUGCUCCAUCCGCUGAUGGAAGCCAUGCAGAUAUUUAUUGCAAUCAGUAUUUUUAGUCCUUUUAAAGCUUUUUAUUGUAGAAUAUUAUUGGUAUUGAAUGUAAAGGAAGCAAGGCCUGGGGUUGCAGUCCUCAUUCAAAAAGACUGACUUAGUUACCUGCUAGCAUUCCUAAAACCUGGCAGGGGUUCCAGACCUAUAGAGCACAUUAUUGCUUGAAUCAAAGGGAUUUCUACUGUAUUGAUAUAGACCUUGGGUUUAUAUUAGGCUAUUAAACUUUAAUGACUUUACUUUUAAAUCUGAACUUUUGACCCAUUCCUCCUGCUUUCCCAGUUUCUAGAACAUGUUAUUGUUUUAGUGCUGAGGUUAAACUUUGGAAUGACCUGGCCUUUUCCCAAAGAAACCCGUACUGGUUACAUGAUUAGGCCCCUCCACCAGGGGUUUUUUGUUUGUUUGUUUUUUAUAAUACCAUUGUCCAAAUUGCACAGUUCAUGGAAAUUCUCCAGAACCCUCAGCAAAUUAGAAAUGGUCCUGUCAUAUUUGGCAGACCUAGUUAGUCUAAAAUAGCUUUUUAAAGAUCUGCCUCUGUAUUUAUAUCACGUUAUCCUGAAACUGAUAAGGAACAGUCCCCUAGAUCAUUCAAAUGACUAAAAUGUAUUCUCACCAUGAUCUAGAGGAGGUUCUGCCCACAUGCCCUUUGCUUUCUCUUUUAUUUUUCAAUGGAACAGAACUCUGUUCUGUUACAGGGUGUUUUUUUGUUGUUGUUUUUUGUAGGCAUUGAAUUCUUUCUGGAACCAUUUUGUCUAGCUUUAUGAAAUUUGUUCGUAUGCACUGGCAGUGAAUGCACUGUAAUGUCUCUAAACUGAUGGAGCAUCAGCACUGUCAUUAUCGGAGGAACUGACAUCCUAUCUCUUAGGGAAGAUAUGUAAAAUUUGCUAUUACUGCUGCUUCCAGCCUCAAUAGGGAACUUGGAUUUUCCAGACCUGAUAGGAGCUGCAGCUCAGAUAACCAGGCCUUCCUUUCUUAAUAAAAUACUGCUUCGUUUGUCAACAAAUGCUCCUUUAGUGUGGCACUUGUUCUGUUAAUCAAGGGUUGGCCAUCCUUUGAGUACUCCAGAAGUAAGUCACCUUCCCUAACCCCCAUACAAUCUGGAUUAUUUAUAAUCUCGUUUUGUGUCUAAUGUACAUAGCGAAUAGUUUCCUUCCCUCUUAGUGUUUGACAUGACCCUCUUUCUUUAGGAAGUACUCAAAGGGCUAGCUCAAUCUGACCCAUUUUCAUUCUUUAAAACUGUACAAAUUGGGUGGUGGGGUGGGGGUGGGGUCUCAGAUUUUCCAGGCACAAGGGACUCUUUGGCUACCAAUCCAUACAUGUUGGUGGAGAUAAAUCUGCAUGUUGUUGGCACUGAGGUGCCGGAUGGGGUGGACUCCAUCUUUGCCCAGCAGUGUCCAGAUCUCUGCAGCUGCCUUUUUUCUUGCUGCCUCCUUAUGCAGGGCUUUAACUUUUCAGACCUUUUGAACAAGAGGUUUCUUUUCUUUGUAUCCUCCUCCAUCCUCCCAACCUUCUCCCCCUGCCCCCAAGGCCUUUAUAUAUGAGAAUCCGCACAGAACAACCCUGCUUGCUGUUGGGUUGCCUUAGAUGGUGAUGGCCAUGCUGUUCCUGGGGCACCAUGUUCCCAGGGCAUAAGCAAACAAGCCACUGCAACCCCUUUCACCAUCUGAAGUACUGUAGGUCUCUUAUAUAGUGCUGAAUAAACUGAGGCAUGUGGCUUUUUUUUUUUAAAGGUACACUAUGUGUGCUUGCCUGGAUUACAACAAGACUUUUCUAUCGCUUCCUACUAGCUUCUGAAUAACCCUUAUAAGUAAUGUAACUUGCAACAUUAUCAUAUAAUUCUUCUUUCUACCACCCUCCCAACCCCUUUAUUUAUCAAGUGUAAUAGUUCAUAUUAAAGGACAACAGAGAAAUGUUUGUAGAAUGCAGCAGGACUUUGCUAACAGUAAUAAUGUUUUAAAUGGGAAGGACAGGCUACAAAGCCACUCAAAACAGUCAGCCAUCAGAAACGAAGUUUGUUGGCACAGUGUUCACGUGCAUGUAUUUAAUUUCUAUUUUUGGGUUGGUUUAUUUUGUUUUGUUUUUAUUUUGUUUUUAUUUCUUUUCUUUUCGCAUUUUCGUCAUGUUACAUCCAUAUCUGUAUUUAUAUCUUAUUUGUUUCACUUCUGAGUGUAUCAUGGCAAAUGUACAGAUGUUUUUAUGUUAACAUUUACAUGAUAGAAUUUGCUAAAAAAAUAAAACAAAACCUUUUGAGUUUGCCCUAGAAUAAAUGAAAAUUCAAUUUAA